UACUGCGGUGAAUCCAAAAGUUGUUCCCAUUAAUGGCUUAUGACUGCCGUUUAUAAACUGUUUACUAAUAUUUUAUAAAAUAUUAAUAAGCAAUUGAGUAACCAUUAAUAAAGUAGAUGUUGAUAUCAAAAUGUUGUAAGGGUAUUCCUCCUGAACCUUUCAACACAAUAAGAAAACAGUUUAAUGACACAUUGGUUCUCAGGUGACUUACACUGUACACCCCAUAAUGCCACAAGAAUCAGCCAAGACAAACAUUGUUUUACUUAUUUAACCACUACGUUUCUUUUCACAGAUUUAGUUCCAAACUUAACCAAAGAUCCACCACAUCCAGCCAAGAUGGAUAAAUUUCGUAUGAUGUUCCAGUUCCUCCAAUCCAACCAGGAAUCUUUUAUGAAUGGUAUCUGUGGUAUCAUGGCAUUAGCAAGUGCACAGAUGUAUUCUGCCUUUGAGUUCAGCUGCCCCUGUAUGCCAGAAUAUAACUACACCUAUGGGAUCGGACUGCUCAUCAUUCCACCUAUUUGGUUCUUUAUGUUGGGUUUUGUAUUGAAUAAUAAUGUGUCUGUGCUUGCAGAGGAGUGGCACAGACCCACAGGGAAACGGGGUAAGGAUCCAUCAAUCCUUCGCUACAUGUUUUGUUCAAUCACACAGAGAUCCUUGAUAGCACCUGCAGUAUGGGUGUCUGUCACUCUCAUGGACGGGAAGAGCUUCCUCUGUGCCUUCAGCAUCAACUUGGAUAUUGACAAGUUUGGAAACAGCAGUUUUGUGAAGGGGAUGUCAGAGACAGAGAAGCUAAAGCUGCUGGCAAGAAUACCAUGUAAAGACCUAUUUGAGCAUCAAGAAAUAAGAAUGGCAGCGUCAAGAUACAUCAAGUGUAUAUCACAGGCAUGUGGAUGGAUGUUUUUGCUCAUGAUGACCUUCACGGCCUUCCUGAUCCGUGCUAUUCGACCAUGCUUUACUCAGGCCGCCUUCCUCAAGACCAAGUACUGGUCUCAUUAUAUUGACAUUGAGCGCAAGAUGUUUGAUGAGACCUGUAAGGAGCAUGCUAAGAGUUUUGCCAAGAUUUGCAUCCAACAGUACUUUGCGACUAUCAGUGGGGAGAUGCACAGCUUCCACCAGCAUCACUCUAGCAGGGAUGACAGCGAUGAUGAAGAUGAAAAUAAGAAGAGAAGUGAUGAAGAAAAACUUCUGGGUAUAAGGGCCCAGGAUGAUAUGAAUAAAGUUUUAUGGAACUGGCACACCUGUAAGCCAGCUCUGGCUCUAAGGAAGGACCAAAUAGAUGGUGAAAAGAAUAGCAAACUGAAUGGAGAGGCCAGUGUAGCAGCAAACGGAUUUGUAAAGGGACACACCCAUGACGUAGACAAAAAGGAAUGGGCAGUGUAUUAUAGUAAGGUCUGACGAGCUCAAAAGGACAAUGAAAAGACUCUUCUUUAACUUUCAGUUAUAUUGUUGCAGAGUUCCAGGAAUCACUUUGUGUCUAUAUAUAGGGACAAGUUCAUAUUUAGUAAUUUAUCAAAGUUAGUUGGAAACACAAUGUUGUUGUCAAGUUUUUUGCAUCAUGGCAUAGAACAUAUAUAAAAUGAAUUUAGUGCAAUAUAUAGUUUGACUGGUCAAAAUGGGAAAAAAUGAAACUGUCACCAUAUUUAUUGUUCACUUUACUUGGGCAAUGUCUAACACUGGAACCUUUUACCUGUUACCCCAGCUAUAUUUUACCUAGAAGUCAUGAAUUACUGAAAACACUCUGCCAUUACUCUACAAGGUCUGUAAAUUCUAGUUAGCUGUAUCU